AUGAAUACUACUUCACUACGUUCCAAGCAAACCCAAAACUUUGUCAAGAAGAGCCUUCGAGCCAUCUCUUCCACAACAAAAGCAGCAUCCACAUUACCAAGCAACGGUUCUCUCAUGUCCUGGAAUGAUGGUAAUAUUCAAAACGCUGUUGGUUCCACUCGCAAGGUCUCUGUUGCCUCGGCGAAUGCUGGAAGUGACGACGGCGACGACAACUUUCCCAUGAAAUUGUCUCACUUUAUUCAGAGACGCCGCACCGAACAACAAGUCGAUGAACAUCAUCAUUAUUACUCCCAACAAGCACAUCAGCAAACACAAACACUCCAAGAGAAAUGGUCCAAACUCGCUUCACUCACCAUGGAUCCCAGUAUUGGUGACCUGGCAAAAGCUUUUCAUGUCGAAUCAUCUCAAGAAUCGUCUUUGUCCGCAUUACCACAGACACUGACAGAAGCCAUGUCCGACUCGAGACCAUGCAUGAUUUCCUCCGUUGAUGAUCCCUUUAAAAUUGUCAAUGUCAAUCAAGCUUGGUGUCACGCUUAUGGCUACUCCAAGGAUAAAGUGUUGAAUCAAAAUAUGGUAAAGUUGUUGGGCAACUCGCAAGCGUUGGAAGACUUUGUAUCAGAGCAAUUGAUGUGGAACGAAUCGACAUCCACAAAAGCAACCAAAAUGCCUCCAGCUACAAUGCAUUAUAGCAGAGAUGGAACUCCUGUUAACGAACCAUUGCGAGUGGGAACCCUCUCCAUUGGUGCCGAUGUCUCGGAUCGUUACAUUGUCUGUGUGACGGAAAUGGAGUCUACCUUUGACAAUGCUUCUUCCUUUUCCAUUCCACCACCAACACCUGCCACACAAAAGAAUCAGAAUCAGAUGGUUACGUGUCUGGAAGAUUAUCAUUUGCAGCAAGGGUGGUUUGGACAAGCAGGUUUGGCCUAA